AUGGUGGAGAUGCCGGCUCUUGGCGGGAAGAAGAGAUAUGCCCUCGUGGGCACCGGAGGCCGGGCGAUCUUCUUCUAUACGGCCAUCGCCCGGGACUAUGCCGACAAGUCCACCAUCGUCGGCUUCUGCGACACCAACCAGACGCGCAUGAACUACGCCAACUCCAAGCUCGAGGCCCUCGGGCACGCCGCCGUGCCCACCUUCCCGGCGGCCGACUUUGACAAGAUGAUCCGCGAGACCAGGCCCGACGAGGUCAUCGUGACGACCAUCGACCGCACGCACCACCAGUACAUCGUGCGCGCCCUGGAGCUGGGCUGCAACGUCGUGACCGAGAAGCCCAUGACCAUCGACGCCCCGCGCUGCGUGCAGAUCUUCGACGCCGUCGAGCGCACGGGCAGGCAGGUCCGCGUGGCCUUCAACUACCGCUACGCGCCGCACAACACAAAAGUGGCCGAGCUGCUGCGCGCCGGGGCCGUCGGCAGGGUGACGAGCGUGCACUUCGAGUGGAUGCUCAACACGGCCCACGGCGCCGACUACUUCCGGCGCUGGCACCGCGACAAGCGCAACAGCGGCGGCCUGCUCGUGCACAAGAGCACGCACCACUUUGACCUGGUCAACUUUUGGCUGCAGACGCGCCCGGCCACCGUGUACGCGCAGGGCGACCUCCGGUUCUACGGCCGGGAGAACGCCGAGGGCCGUGGCGUGACGCAGUUUUACACCCGGGCGGCGGGUAGUGAGGUGGCCAAGGGCGACCCUUUUGCGCUGCAUCUGGACGAGCACCCGCAGCUCAAGGCCAUGUACCUCGACGCCGAGCAUGAGGAUGCGUAUUACCGCGACCAGAGCGUAUUCGGGGACGGGAUCAGCAUCGAGGACACAAUGAACGUCAUGGUACGCUACAAGAACGGGGCCGUCAUGACGUACUCUCUCACCGCAUAUGCUCCCUGGGAAGGAUUUAGGGUCAGCUUCAACGGUACAGGCGGCCGCUUGGAGAUGGAGGUAGUGGAGAACAGCUAUGUCAAUUCCGGGGGUGACCAGGCCGUCGAGGGCUCGCUCGACCAGCACACGAUCCUCCUCCGCCCUCUGUUCGGGAAGCCGCAGGAGAUCGAGAUCCCGAAGGGAGCCGGUGCGCACGGAGGAGGUGACACUGUCCUCUUGGACGACCUCUUCGGUGAGCCCGUGUCGGACGAGUACAUGCGGGCGGCCAGCCACGUCGAUGGGGCCCUUUCCAUCCUGACUGGCAUCUGCGCCAACAGAUCAAUCGUGACUGGGCAGGUUGUCAACGUAGAUGAUGUGCUUAGGAUACCGUAG